AGUUUUAUUUAAGUUUUACUGCCAAUAUCAGUCGCUUUUGAAGUUCUGAAUUAUUCUAAAUAGUGAAAUUUAUUGUAAUAAAAUGUUAAAAAAUGUUCUUCAACUUGUGAUCGUCAUUUGCAGUUUCAUUGAAUUUGUGAGACUUGAAAAUUAUUUACCAAUUUUGUUGUGGCAUUCGGCUGGUGCGCCAUGCAUUGGAACUGAAAUUAAUACUUACAUAAAUUUCAUAAAAUUAAAGUUAGGAAAUGAUGUUUACAUAAGAUCAGCAUGUCUUGACAAUAAUCCAUCAAUUGAUAAUUUUAAAAGUUUAACAAUCCAUCCUUUUGAUCAGAUAAAAUACAUUCACAAUGUCAUUCUACACGAUAAGAAGUUUGCUAAUGGCUACAAUGCAAUUGGCCUGUCGCAAGGCGGUUUAUUCAUGCGAGCUUUAGCACAAAUGUAUCCAAACCCACCAAUGAGAAAUUUAAUAACGCUUGGAACACCACAUCAAGGUGUUCAUCACUAUCCAAGAUGUCAACAAACACUUGGAAGUAUCUGUAAUCAUAUUCGAAGUUCGAUUAAUCACAUUGCAUACUUACCGUGGAUUCAAAAAAGCGUCGUUCCACUAACUUACUGGCACGAUACAAAUCAUCAACGAUAUCGACGAAAAAGUUCGUUUUUAGCCGUCAUAAACAAUGAGCGAUAUUACAAUGAGAAUUACGUAUCAAAUUUAUUGAAACUGAAUCGAAUUGUUUUGGUAAAGUAUCGAAAAGAUAUUUCAAUAGUACCAAGUGAGUCAUCAUGGUUUGGAUAUUACAAUAGCAAUAGAGUUGAAUAUCCAAUGGAAGAAACUGAAAUCUACAAGAAAAAUAGUUUGGGGCUUCGAUACUUGAAAGACAGCGGAAAAAUGGUUUUUUUGAUGGGACCAGUCGAUCAUUUGAACUUCGAUCCAGCUUGGUUUGAACUUAACAUUAUUCCAUAUCUUAUUUAAUUUCAAAGUGUGUGAUUUUCUUUCUUAGAUGUGAUGAAUAAAGAGUCUUAGAUGAUUGAAGGCUAACGUCAUUAUUCAGAAAAGUUCAUUAAAUGUUUCAUCUGCAUUAACGUAAUUCACA